GUCAAAACACCCCCACAGAUUCCUCGUCUCCCUCCUCCCUUAUAUCUCUCCCCUGCUUUCGCUCUCCUCACACCACUUCGCCGCAAAAACCCAAACCCGUUCCACCCCACAAGAAUCCCGCCCGGCGACGAGCGGGACGAAUCGAGCCCCCAAACCCUCCGCCGUCGGGAAGCGCCGGAGAAAGGAGGCGCCUUUUGGGGCGUGGCACGUUCUUGGCGAAUGGCGCCGGCGUGGGAGCGCGCCAGGCGCGCGCUCGCCACCAGGCUCUGCCUCCGCUUUCCGGCGCGGCACGUGGCCAUCGAGGACGCGCCGCGCGAGCUGGACUACGUGGAGGUGCUGGUGCCGGUGCCGGCGGUGGAGGCGGAGGAGGAGGAGAGGGAGAAGUCGCCGGCCACUGUGUCCCCGGCACCGGCGUCCGCGCGGCGGCUGUCUAGGUCCGGGAGCCUGAAUUCGGCGAAGAUAUGCGCCAUUUGCCUCGGCGGCAUGAGGAUCGGGCACGGCCAAGCUUUGUUCACUGCUGAAUGCUCCCACAGAUUCCACUUCCACUGCAUCUCUUCAAAUGUGCAGCAUGGCAACAAAGUCUGCCCGAUCUGCCGCGCCGUAUGGAAGGAGCUGCCUUUCCAGGGCCCUCUUCUUGUCGAUGCUGCUGCUCAUGGGACAGCCAGGGUGAACCCAUCGGAUUGGCCCCAGGGCAGGUUACCGCGUGCUGAUACCGUGAACCGGCGGGAUCAAUUUCCUGUCUUCCGCACUCCGGAGUCGGCAUUUUUCAAUGAUGAUGAGCAGAUAAAUCUUCAGUCUGAACCAGUGGGUGGAGGCCGUGAUGGGGAUGAGAUUCCUGCUUCAGUUGAGAUCAUGACAUACACUGAGUUCCCAGCCAUUCAGGAGUCCGUGACACAGGAGAAUUUUGCCAUCUUGAUCCAUCUGAAGGCUCCGCAUGCGCCGGCGUCGGUGAGUUCCCGCGCACCGCUGGACUUGGUGACUGUGCUCGACGUGAGCGGGAGCAUGGCGGGCACCAAGCUUGCGCUUCUGAAGCGUGCCAUGAGCUUCGUGAUCGAGAGCCUUGGCCACAGUGACCGGCUCUCCGUCAUCGCCUUCUCGUCGUGUGCGUGGAGGCUGUUCCCGCUGCGGAAGAUGACCACAUUUGGGCGGCAGCAGUCGCUGCAGGCCAUCAGCUCCCUCGUCGCCAAUGGCGGCACGAACAUCGCCGACGGGCUGCGGAAGGCUGCCAGGGUGAUGGAGUACAGGCAGACGAGGAACCCCGUGUGCAGCAUCAUCCUCCUCUCGGACGGCGUGGACACCUACACUGUCACGCCAGCGCAAGGCGCGCCGCCGGACUACGGCCUGCUCGUCCCGCGCUCGAUCCUCCCCGGCGGCCACCACGUGCAGGUCCACACCUUCGGCUUCGGCGCGGACCACGACUCGGCGGCGAUGCACUCUGUCGCCGAGAUGUCCGGUGGCACGUUCUCCUUCAUCGACGCGGUGGGCUCGAUCCAGGACGCGUUCGCGCAGUGCAUUGGCGGCCUCCUCAGCGUUGUGGCGCAGGAGGCACGGCUGAGUAUCGAGUGCGCCGACGAAGGCGUGCUGCUUAACUGCAUCGAGUCCGGCGGCUACGCGAGCGGAGUGGUCGGAGACGGGCGCAGCGGGUUUGUCGACAUCGGCGACCUCUACGCCGACGAGGAGAGGGACUUCCUGGUCACUGUGCGCGUCCCGGCCGCGCGCGGGGACACCGCGCUGAUCCUACCGAGCUGCGCCUACCGCGACGCGGUCACCACAGAGACAAUCCGGGUGGAAGGCGACGCGGUGAUAUUGCCACGACCGGGGAGCCCGGUGCUCGCGGCGAUGUCCCCACAGGUGGAGCGCGAGUGGAACCGCGUCCACGCCACGGAGGACAUGGCCGCGGCGCGCGCCGCGGCGGAGGACAACGACUUCGCGCGCGCCGCGUCGAUCCUGGAGUCCCGCCGUCGGGCGCUCGAGUCGACCGCGUCGCUGUCCUCGGACCCGCAGACGCAGGCGCUGGUGGCCGAACUGCGGGAGAUGCAGGACCGGACCGAAAACCGGCAGCGGUACCAGGAGUCCGGCCGCGCCUACAUCCUCGCCGGGCUGAGCUCGCACUCGUGGCAGCGCGCCACGGCGCGCGGCGACUCGACGGAGCUCACGGGCCUAAUCCACACCUACCAGACGCCGUCCAUGGUCGACAUGCUGCACCGGUCGCAGGCGCUCCUGCCGGAGGUCGUCGAGGCGCUGAACCGGUCUCUGACGGUGGCGCCCUCGCGCAGCCAGACCGCCGGCCCCGCCUCGCCGCGCCGGUCUCUGGCCCGGGCGUUCAGGUCGACAAAGUCCUUCACCGGGCGAUCCUCGUGAUGCUAGGUGCUCCAUUGGCAAUGCAUGCAUAUCGUUGUUGUCGCGAGUGCAUCUUGAAGUAGUUAGGAGCAAGAAGAAAUCCAUCACCAUUGUUUCGUUUGUUUGAUAUCGAUCUCGUUGUUCUCGCAAGGUGGAUUCGGUAUAAUGUUUGUUUGUUUUGUACCUGUUUGGCUGUGGAUUAAUCCUGGAGACAUGCUUUGGUUAGUGUAAAUAAACUAAUAAAAUGACUGGGAUUUGGCA